GUAUAGUAUAGAAGCGCUCGACACUGGUUCUCAGGGGAUCAAGACAAAGCUGGGAGGGCAUCUCCUUUCAAAAGCGAGAGCGAUGAGGACCAACAUCCAUUUUACGCCUGUGUAUGGCGUUGACGACGGUGCGGCGCUGUGCUGUCUCCUCGAAGUGGACGGGUUCAGGAUUCUGUUGGAAUGCGGAUGGGACGACACGUUCGGCUUGGAACAGAUAGAGUCGCUAAGAGACGUUGCGCCGACGGUCGACGUCGUGCUGGUGAGUUACCCGGACAUUGCGCACAUAGGCGCGCUGCCUUAUGCGCGUGCGAAUUUCGGGCUGAAGGCGCCUGUGUAUGGGACGAUUCCCGUGUACAAGUUUAGUCAAGUUUGUUUGUAUGACGCGUAUCAGGCGCAGAGGUAUCAGAGCAAUUUCGAGUUGUUUAGGCCCGAGCAGAUCGACGAGUGCAUGUGCGGGUUCGUGCAGUUAAAGCAUUCACAGAGAGUGCCGUUGGGCGGGAAGGGAGAGGGGAUAGACUUGAUGCCGCAUUGCGCUGGACACAUGAUUGGGGGGUCCAUAUGGCUGAUCACGAAGAACGUGGAAAGGAUCUUGUAUGCGGUGGAUUACAACAUUCGAACGGAGAAGCAUUUGAACCCCUGCAUUUUGACAAGUUUGUCUGAGCUGAACAAGGAGAAGGCGAUGAGGCAUUUGGAUCGGAGUUUGUUGGCCUCGUUAUUGAGGCCCACGGUGAUGAUUACAGAUGCGCUGAUGCCGAGUCAGCCACAACAAAGGUCUAGUGAGCGCAACCGCAGGAUGGCGUCUUUGAUUUUCAGCACAUUGAGAGAGGGAGGGGACGUUUUGAUUCCUGUAGAUAGCGCUGGACGCGUGUUGGAAUUGUUGAUAUGGAUAGAAGAGUGUUGGGCGGACAAGCAGAGGUAUCAGGUUGUUUUUUUGUCGAACACGGCGUAUAGCGUUGUGGAAUUUGCGAAAACGCAGUUGGAAUGGCUUCAAGAUAUUUUGUCGCAAAAAUUCUAUGACGAGCGUAUAAACGCGUUCGAUCUGAAGAAUGUCGUCACUGCGCAUUCCCUGGAAGAUUUGGAGUCCCUCUCGAAGCCGAGAGUGAUUCUGGCGUCUACGUCUAGUUUGAUGCAUGGAUAUGCCGUCGAUUUGUUUAUUAACAUGGCGCCAAACAAAAGCAAUGCGAUCAUCUUGACCGAGCGCGGUUCUCCCGCCACGCUCGCCAACCGACUCUACAGCAUGGUCUCGUCCGGAUGUCCUCUCGCGGAGGAAAUUGAGGUCCCUCGGUGGAAGCGCGUUCCGCUAGUCGGCAAAGAAAUGGACGCCUAUUGCGCCAAGAAAAAACUCGAAGAAGAAGAAAAGGCGGCGCGAAGGAAGAAACACUUGGACGCUGUUCGAAACGACGCGGCAAAAGACAACAAAGACUUCGACGCGGACGCGGACGACAGCAGCACUCUGUCUAAUUUUUGGAAGGGCUUCGACCUUCACCAGGACGGGCUCCAGAAAAUAAGAGCCAGGGGACAGCAUCCCGUGUUUCCGUUCGUUGAGCCGCGCACGGCCUUCGACGAUUACGGAGAGAUUGUUUAUCUCGAGGCGCCCGUUCAGAGUCUCCUGCAUGUCCAGCAACAGGCAUUCUCGGGAUUGGACGAAUCCGACGAAUCCGACGAAGAUUUGUCUACGAAGCCCGUUUUCGAAAUAGCUAAGGUUAAAUUGGCUUCGAAAAUUCACUUCUUUGAUUUCGAAGGGCGCACCGAUCGUCGAUCCGUCAAGCGCAUUCUCGGUCAGGUGGUGCCCAGAAAGCUUGUUCUAAUUCAUGGCACAAACGAAUCGAAGCAAGAUAUCGCCGAUUACGCCAAGUCCGAGCUCAGCAAACAGAUCGCGCACGUCUACAUCCCCGCUCAUCUCCAGCGCAUCGACUUGUCGUCGAAGAUACCUUUUCUCAACGCCACCAUCAAGCACCAAAACUUCUCCCACCUCCAUUUCGUCCAAUCGGCCGACUACAGCCUGUCUCUGUUCAGCGGCGUCCUCACUCCCCCCGCGUCCAAGGCGCUCCCGUACGAGCUCAAGUACGAGGACGGGUCGAAGAACAAAGACGAGAACGACGGUACUUUCAUCGGCGACGUCCAACUCAAAAACUUCAAAGCCGACUUGGAUCUGCUCGGGCUCCAGACGGAGCUCAAGGGCGGCAUUCUGAAAAUAAACGGCGUCGUCACCGUCAUGAAGGAGCCCACGGGCAUAGAGGGAUACUCCAGGUUGAAGUUGGACGGACAGAUGUGCGAUUCUUAUUUUCAGGUGCGAGACCUGUUAUACAAUAAAUUGACUGUGCUUUAAAAAAAAAUUUAUUUCGAUCUGCCAUGACU